AUGAAUUGCACUUAUCAUAUUUAAAAACAAGCAUCCUCCAUAUGUAAAGCUCCUCACAAAUGUUAAUGCUAAAGGAAACUGUGUGUUGAAUGCCUUUAUGACCAUGGAGUGGAUAUCAUCAAAUAAACAGUUUCGAUUGAUAGAUUUAGAACAAUGGUUAUAAAGAAACUACAAGAAUCAAAGUUAGAUGAGACAUCUGAAAUAACAAGCUAAAGAAUGAAUUUCAAAUUUAUCAUUUCAAAAUUUGAGAUUAUAAUAACAUUUGGGAAGAAUUAGAAGAAUCUAUAAAAUAAAUAUAUGAUAUGA